AUGUCUUAUCAACAGCAUCAGUGCAAGCAGCCCUGCCAGCCACCCCCAGUGUGCCCACCUCCAAAGUGCCCUGAGCCAUGCCCACCCCCCAAGUGCCCUGAGCCAUGCCCACCCCCCAAGUGUCCGGAGCCAUGUCCACCUAGACAGUAUCAGCAAAAAUGCCCUCCUGUGCAGCCUCCUCCUCCCUGCCAGCAGAAGUGCCCACCCAAGAGCAAGUAA